UUUUAUGUUUCCUUCCUCCAGGUCAGUCUCCAACUAUGAAAAGUUGGGACGUAUUGGAGCUGGUACUUAUGGGACAGUUUAUAGAGCAAAAGAGAUGGAGACUGGAGAUACGGUGGCUAUUAAGCAAAUAAAGUUGCAAAAUGAAAAGGAAGGCUUUCCUAUCACGGCUUUAAGAGAAAUACGUGUUUUGCAACAACUACGCCAUCCCAGAAUAGUGGAGCUGUGUGUCUGUUUUUAUAAUUUUCAGUUACUUUCGAGUAAACUUGCGACAUUUCUUUUGUAUAGUAGAGAAGUGGUUACAACUUCAGAUGCUUCUUGUGUCUUUCUAGUAUUUGAACACUGCGAUAUUGAUAUGGGAGUUGUCUUGGACUCUAUAUAUUUGCGUUCUAUGAAGUUACAGUUAUGUCAAGUGAAGAGCAUUUUAUAUCAAAUCUUAGAAGGAUUAGUAUAUCUUCAUGAUAACUGGAUCAUACAUCGAGACCUGAAAAUGUCAAACAUUUUAUAUAACAAAGAUGGUCAAGUCAAGAUUGCUGAUUUCGGGUUGACGAGAGAAUAUGCCUCACCUUUGAGGCCUUUUACUCCUAAAGUGGUUACUCUCUGGUAUCGUGCACCAGAGUUACUUUUGGCAAGUUCGAGUGUGAGAAAGGAAAAUGCACAGACAAUGAAAAUAAGGUAUUCAACUAGUGUAGAUAUGUGGGCAGCAGGUUGUCUUUUUGGAGAAUUAUUAUUAGGAAAGCCUUUAUUUCCAGGAAGAAACGAGUUGGAUCAACUUGUUCAAAUUUUUCAACUCUUAGGCACACCUAAUAACCAAAUAUGGGAAGGUUCGGAAGAACUUUUAGAAAACUUAAGAAUAUCAUUUUCUUGUCAACCUUAUUCUCUUCUUAAAGGACGAUUUCCUCAGUUAAGUGAGUUAGGAUUAGACUUGUUAGAUGGUCUAUUAUGCUUCGAUCCUAAAAAGAGAUAUUCUGCGUUGAAGGCUCACUGUCAUCCUUUUUUUGAUGAAGAGCCAAAAGCAGUCUCUUUACAACUUGGAAAUCUUAUAACAUGAGUAUCUCUCUCUCUCUCUCUUCCUCUUAUUUUUGGCAAGUAGGUAUUUACAAUAA